AUGUUCAAAAAAAAAGAUUUGAAAACAAUUUGGAUAUGGGAGAUUGAGACCCUUGAAAUAAAUGAUAAUCCCUCAGAAAAUAAAUUAUUAAAAAUUUUGGAAAAUCCCAAAGUUAAAAAGUCUGAUUAAAAUCAAAGCGAACAUCAGAAUGUAUUAGACUUGUUGAUUGAUAUAUUCAAUGAAGGGUAAGAGGAGAGUGAGAGAAACAGACAGUAGAUUGAGAGAGAGUUAUUGGAGGGGUUGAAUUUGGCUUGCUAUGAACCAAAAUAUAUUAGACCGAUUGAAGGAAUAAAUUUUUUACCUUAUACCAGUAUCAAUUAAGAUCGAGGGCCUGUAAAUCUUAAAGGAAGUUUACCAAAAGAAUUCUUUGUAGAUUUGUUGCUAUAGGUAAAUUAGGAACCUCUGCUUAUGAAAACUAUUGGAAGAUAUAAGAACAUCAUGGAAGAAAGAAGUAAGGGCCUAGAGCAGUUGUGGAUAAAUGAAGUAGAGUUGGACUAUCGGUCUUUUCUUGUAAGACUGUAUGCAUAAGAUAAAGCCACCAAGAAGCAGUAUGUAGGAUCGAGACUAAAGGGAGAAAGACCAUAGAUGUGGACAAGGCCCAGAAACAUGAGAAGAAAAGGUGAUGAUCAAUCAUAGUUGCUGCCCUAUGAUGAUAGUUAAAAUAAUGGCUAUAUGAAUAGAAUUGUCGACGCUCAAAUGCAGAGAUAUUUAAUUUUAACUAAAUGA